AUGGGGGUGAGGAUGGAGCCGUCCCGGCCUCUGGCUCGCCGGCUCUUUGCCCCCCUCCAGGUUCUCCCCCUGCUGCUGCUCCUGCUCCUGCAGGCCGGGACGAGCUGGGGCAAAUACGUGAAAGGCAACAUCAGCACCAAAGAGGACUGGGUAUUCCUGACUCGCUUCUGCUUCCUGUCUGACUAUGGGCGUUUGGAUUUCCGAUUCCGCUACCCGGAGGCGAAAUGCUGCGAGAACAUCCUUCUUUAUUUCGAUGAUCCUUCUCAGUGGCCGGCGGUCUAUAAAAAGGGAAAUAAGGAUUGUUUGAUGAAGGAGUCUGUGAUCCGCCCAGAGAACAACCAGGUGAUCAACCUUACAACCCAGUAUGCCUGGUCGGGAUGCCAGGUGGUGACCGAGAGCUCCGUGAGGUACCUGAGCUGUGCGAGCGGCCGGAGCUUCCGCUCAGUCCGUGAGCGCUGGUGGUAUGUGGCGCUCAGCAAGUGCGGGGGCGACGGGCUGGAACUGGAGUAUGAGAUGAUCCUGACCAAUGGCAAAUCCUUCUGGACGCGCCACUUUUCGGCCGAUGAGUUUGGCAUCCUAGAGACAGACAUCACGUUCCUGCUCAUCUUUAUCCUGAUCCUCGUCAUUUCCUGCUACUUUGGCUAUCUGUUGAAGGGACGGCAGCUUCUUCACACCACAUAUAAGAUGUUUAUGACCGCAGCCGGAGUGGAGGUGCUGAGCCUGAUGUUCUUCUGCAUAUACUGGGGACAGUACGCAAGCGACGGUAUCGGUAACGGCAGCCUCAAGAUCCUGGCCAAGCUCCUCUUCUCCGUCAGUUUCCUGAUCUUCCUCCUGAUGCUCAUCCUGCUUGGAAAGGGAUUUACAGUCACCAGGGGUCGGAUCAGCCACACAGGUUCUAUCAAGCUCUCGGUGUACAUGACCCUGUACACGAUCACACAUGUCGUGCUCUUCAUCUAUGAGGCGGAGUUCUUUGACCAGGCGCAGGUGCUGUACACUUACGAGUCACCGGCUGGGUAUGGCCUGAUCGCUUUGCAGUUCGUGGCUUACAUCUGGUUCUGCUACGCCAUCCUCAUCACGCUCAAGCAGUUCCCAGAGAAGCAGCCCUUCUACGUCCCUUUCUUUGCAGCCUACACCCUCUGGUUCUUCGCUGUCCCCGUCACGGCACUCAUCGCCAACUUUGGCAUCCCCAAGUGGGCGCGGGAGAAGAUCGUCAACGGCAUCCAGUUGGGCAUCCACCUGUACGCCCACGCAGUCUUUCUGAUUAUGACCCGUCCCUCGGCAGCCAACAAGAACUUCCCUUACCACGUGCGGACGUCGCAGAUCGGGAUCGUAGAGGAGGCAGCCGCCGGGGCCAAGUUCCCCCACCACGUGUACGGCAACGUCACCUUCAUCAGCGACUCGGUGCCAAACUUCACGGAGCUCUUCUCCAUCCCCCAGAGCACAGGGAGCAGCAGCGCCAGCAACAUUAUGACCCGUCCCUCGGCAGCCAACAAGAACUUCCCUUACCACGUGCGGACGUCGCAGAUCGGGAUCGUAGAGGAGGCAGCCGCCGGGGCCAAGUUCCCCCACCACGUGUACGGCAACGUCACCUUCAUCAGCGACUCGGUGCCAAACUUCACGGAGCUCUUCUCCAUCCCCCAGAGCACAGGGAGCAGCAGCGCCAGCAACCCUCGCAAACAGGUGGAGGAGACGUCGUCCGCCGACCGCACCCUGACCCCCAGCUGCGUGGUCACCACCUCAGAGCUCAGCGGGGCCCCCAUGCUGUUGAAGCCUUCUUUGGGGGGCGAAAGCCAGCCGCCCCCUUACCAGCUCCACGCGCCCCAGCUCCACCAGCACAACGGCUACACCGAAUAUUUUAGCAUGCACACGACCGGUGCACGGCCCGUGUAGGGGGGGUCUUCUGGAUUCCCUGUCUGCGGCUUCCCCGCUUCCCGUUCCUGGUUUCUCCUCCCGAUUCCCCCCCCCCUUUUCCUGGCUUCCUGUAUUCCCUCUUACGUCCUGACAUAUCAGACGGGCUAUUCGUUUCCAGUUCUCCCCCCAAAUAGUACAGAACCACCUCUUACCUGAGAAUGUGGAGAAGCCGUAUCAUCUGUAAAGGGAACCAGUCCUUUUUACAACCCUCCCACCUGCUC